AUGGGACUGAAGAAAAUAAGGAUGAAUCUGGGUGAAAAGUUUGCUCUCUUCUUGACUGUUUUUCCAAACAAAAAGAGAUGGAUAUGGGGUUUGCCGGAGAUGGGCCUCAACGCAGAUGGGGUUCACCGGAGAGGGGCGUCGCCGGAGAUGAGUGGUGGGACAGGCUUUCUCAACAAGUCAGCACCCGCACGUAGUACCCUUACAACUCAACGUUACCCGGACCAGACCCGAGUUAGUCCGGUUGGUACUCUCCCCCACGAGCCGACAGAUACCUCUCCUGAGAAACCUCAGGGGAGGUCAGUGAAAUUUGCCCAAAACAAAACCCUGAAAUCUGAUUUUGAUUUUCCCCCAAAUCAGUCUGUUUCCCCCAAACCCCCCAAAACCAACCAGACCAUCAGGAAAACCAACGAAGAGAGAGAAAGAGGAGGACCAGUAGCGACACCCACCACCACCGGUGACUCUCACCACCAUCGUCUAUCACCACCACCGGCGACCAACCCUUUGCGAAAUUGCGACACCAUGGGCACCGAUGACAAAUUCCAUUGCCAAGACUCAGUCAAGGGACUGAAAGACACAAGUUCACAGCAUGAAGGGGCACCAAAGACAACUCUGCUACAUGGAGAAAGUUCUGACCCGAGAAUGUAUCUUUUUUUGGAUAUUCGAGGAAGACUUUGACAGAAUAAGAUCUCAGAUCCAUGAUAGAAUCAACUCUUACUUGCCUCAUUGAUCAUCAGUUGGUCUUUCUACCAAACCAAGUGAAGGUGUGAACCAAGAAGUGAUAACAUACUACAAGUGGUGAAGAACCGAGGCAGUGGUUCAAGCAAUUAAGUCCCAAGUUGCGCUCAGCAUCGCGGGGAAUCGGAGAUCCAUUAGAAUGGUCUCCGUGCAACUCAAACAAAGAUGUUGAAUCAAUAGGUGGCGAAGAAGAGUAGAAUCAUUUGAUAGCAAAUAAAAUGGAGAUGGAGAUGGAGAUUGAAUUACUAGGUCUAUUUGUCCUACAAUUAAAAUAAUGGAAUGUAAUCUAUUUUUGUUUUGCAAAUGAGGUUUAAACUAUUAGAGAAGAGAAUGUACUCUUAUUUAUUUUGCAUGUGAAUGAUAAUUAGCCUACUUAUUUA